AUGUUGCGGGAUCCGCCUUCUGCGCUGCCGCCGGGCCGUUACCUUCGGUCGACUUGGAUUCUUCGUGAAUGGCUAUGGCGCCAGGUGGAGGAUCGUGCUGGGAUACCGGACCACCUUGUCAAGUUGAACUGGUACGUCGAACGGGCUGUGUUCCAGUACCACCCGGUUCGUGUGCAACUACGGCUGGCUGCAUCGGUUGUGGACGUCGUGCGCCGCCUUCCUAUGGUCGUUCCUUUGUGCGCGCCCUGCCGCCUGAAUGGCAUGCAGUGGUUGCCGCGCUUGCACGCGCCAUUCAUGGGGGGAGAUGCGACGAGAAUGCCCGAAGGAGUCGAGGUUCCGGCGAGCCUUUUGGAGCAGUUCCCCGAGAAGGUGAAGGAUUCGAGUGUCUUGCAGGUGCCUGGCCCGAGGGCGUCUGUGGCUUCGGAGAUCGCUGCUGGAAUCAACAUGAUGAUACCUUCGACGGAGCCGUCUCACUCGCGAUCCAAACUUAGCAGGGUCUUCGACGAAAUACUUUAUGAUCCCUUGGACGGUGGUACCAUUCGUCAGAUCAACCGCGAGGAGGCUCGUCGCAUGAUCCGAACAACGACUCUACAAUACCGAAUGAGCGCGAUUCGGAAGUGGCAUUUCGGUACGAGUUGGACCACCUACUACGAGUACCAAAGCUUUGCCCGAUCCGAUCUUGCUCGACAACUUUGGGAAGCCGAGAAAGCACGACGUGGAGCACUUCGAGAUCGCUCGCCUACGGGCCGUGGCCGUGGUUCCUCACCACGCUUGGUUACAUACCUGGCGAGGCUACAAACCGUAGGUAUUCCAGAUUGUACCACAGUCGUGAUCUUCAAGCUUGCCGACACCUUCCCACUCCAGCGAUGUUCGAUCGUUACAGAACCGACGAGAGUGCAAACCACAGGGGUCCUUCGCGACGAUGAUAUCAGACAUGCUAUGGAAGCCGCAACAGCAGCUGCGUCAGCUAAUGAUGCAAGAACAGUGGCUGAAGCAGAGAUGGAAGUCGACACCGAGAACCUGGUUUAUGAAGAUGAACCUGAAGGAGAACAUGAAGAUCCUGAUGAGAAUGCAUCUAUCGAUGAAGUUGCGGAAAGACGUCCGAUCCUUGUGAACGAAGAUCUCUUGCUCAUUGACUCGGAUCUCGUCCAAGCCCAAGUCGCCCUGCAAGUGCCUUACUUCUCAAGCACUCUGAAUUCCUUCAGUGUCGACUCCAACAUCACCGCGGCAACCUUUAUGGCUUAUGUGGUGAUCUACAGCAUGCACAAAAUCUGGAGCACCACAGUGCGAUGGUGCGACAUGAAGUACUCACAGAUGCAGAAGAGGUUUGAUCAAUAUAAGAGGUACGAUGCUGUCGGCACGUGGGGACCAAAUCUAUCAAGAGUCGAUCCACCAACAAAGAUCUCAAGGGAUGUGGAGGACGAAGAAGUCAUCGCAUUCGCUAUCUCAGAAGCGAACAUACAUGACCCCAAUGGUGAAUACCUUAUCUGCAAGUUCCGUGUGAACCAACUGCUGACAAAGCUGAUUCGCGGCGCUCACCCAAUGGGAUACCCUCGUGAACUCCUCAAGCCGGAGAAUUACCUGAACAACAGAGCACAAAACAGACUCCGGAACAGAUGCGCGUGA